AUGAAGCCAUCGUCCAUACUCCUGUUCGUUUCUGGGGCAUUCGCCCUUAAUCCCCUCCACCCUCUCCGCAUUCCCGACAACACCCUCGUCUCCGAACCCACAACAGACGUCGUAUCUGACCCCCUAGCCAAACGCUGGACCUGCCCGUCAACCUGCUCAACCAACAUCUGCUGCGACAAUGGCCUGUGCGUCUGGUCCCUCAGCGACGUCUGCUGCGGAAGCUACUUCUGCAACUCCGGCGAGCACUGCUGCGGAACGGGGUGCAUGCCCCACGGCGCGGAGUGCUGCGGCGUACAGGGGUACUGUCCAUCGGGGGAGCGAUGCAUGACUGUCAACGGGAAACUGGGCUGCUGUCCCAACGGGAAUUGCGCGCAGGAGAACGCGGUGAAUCAUUACACGCAGACGGAGAAUCAGUACACCACGACCUAUCACACGACGACUUAUACCGGGGCGGAGUGGACUUGGUACUCGUGGACGGUGACCUGGACGUACUGGGUUACGUUUUACACGUACUAUAUCCCUUCGACGGCUUCGAUUCGCACCUCGACUGUCACGACGACGUCGACGGUUGUUUCGGUGCAGGCUAACGACGCGUCGGACGCUUCGUCCUCGUUUACGCGGCUCUCGGCUACGAUGACCUUCUAUACGCCUGCUAGUGCGACGGAUCCGGUAACCCCGACCAAUGUGGCGACAACCAGCAGAUCAACGUCGACUUCGUCGGCGAAUGAUGGCAGUAGUAACAGUGGCAGUGGCAGUGGCGGUGUUGGCAUUUCGGUCAAUGGAGUCACGGGAGGUAAUCCCAAUGCUGCAAAUGCAAACCGCAGACUUGGAUGGGAGACUGUGCUGUCUCUGUCUAUCGUGCUGGGAACUGGAGCCCUGAUGGUAUAUCUUUAG